AUGGCGCCACGAAUAGCAGAUGAGCCUAGCCGCAGUCUCUCUCAUGCCGCUGCUGUGGCAGCCCAAGUCGAAGCCGCUCGCAGCAACACUUCACCACCACCCGCGACACCGCCUCCCAUGAUGAAACCAGAGCGCCAAGAAUCGGCGCUCCGACGCUUAGGGCGACGUUUGCGUCGACGAUCUCUGAGUGCUCCGCCGUCAUUGAGUCGUGGUCGGUCAUCAUUGUUGGAAGAGCAUUUUUGUGUGGAAAAGGAAGAAAACACCAACAAGGUCGUGGCAGUGUUGCCAGGUGUCCCCAAACACCCCGAAAAUUGGAGUCGAGAUUUGCAUGAUUUUUUCAAUCUCGUGGUACUCGUGCCGGUGGUGGCACUGAAUAUGAUGAAUUGGUCUUGGGACACUAUUUUACAAAAUCCUUCCAAACUCCAAUCUUUGGGGGAUGCCUGGACCGGAGAGUAUUACUAUGAGUUCUUUUACGCGACAAUUCUGUAUUUCAUUGCCGAUUUGAUAUGGAUUGUGGUGGCUCCCGAUUGUGUCCGAAGUCCUUCGGUAAUCAUUCAACAUCAUUUGGCGACAUUGGUCUACAUUAUGGUCCCUCAUUCAGUCCCACCGGUCCGGUGGUGCAUGGGAGCCUGUAUGAUUGUCGAAAUCAACACUUGGCUACUCAUUGCGCGUCGCGUCUUCAACAAACAAGGAUUCCCUCCAUGGAUUGUGGACCUCUCCUUUGUCAGUAUUCGGAUCAAACUCAUUUCCAUCUUGUUCUACAUUACGUGGAUCGCCAUUCGGUGUGUUCUCUACCCCUACAUGCUCAUUCCCAUUUGGCAACUCUAUUUCUGGUACAGCCAGGAACGAGGAAGCUAUUGGAAUGUCAUCCUCGUCUGCUUCCCCAUGCACGCUGUCUUUUGUGCACUCAACAUCAAAUGGAGCUAUGACUUGUUCAGCUCCAAGAUUCGAUACUGGAAACGUCGUGGUGUUUCCAGUGAGGAAGACGCCGAAAAGGAAAAGGGGCUCUAA